AUGACUGAAGCACCGUCAGAUACGAGUGAUUAUCAGCGAUUCGACGAGAUGUUGAUUCAUUUGGAGCCGAGAGGUGCUCGAAUUCCGUAUAAUGUUGCAUACGACAAAGAUAGCAAUAUUUGGGUGGCAUCAAAAGGAGGUCUCUUCAAAUUCGACGGAAAAUCGCUUCGAACACUUUAUGAGGACAAAAAAUUCUUCAAAAAAAUGGCCCCGUUUCCACAAGUAGUUUCAUACAAGAAUCGGAUAAUCUACACAUCAGCUGAGCACGAUGACAAAACGACAUAUCUGAAAGUUGUUUCACUCGAUGGAGAUGUGCUCCACGAGUCGUUUAUCGAUGGAUUAUUAAAUUCCAUGACGAUCACCGACGCAGGAGAUAUGUACAUUGUGAAGCAGGUGGAGAAGGGACAACGCAAAAAUUGUAUUAUGACAGCCCAUUUGGAUUGUCCAAUCGGUUGGGAAGUGAUCGCCGAGACGAAAAUCGGCGAAGCGUUCUCACGUAUUUGUGCACUCGACGAGAAGACACUCGUGGCUGUCGUCGUCGAUUUUCCAAUGAAUAUGUACUCAAACCAACACUUUGUCUUCUACGACCUGGAGACGCGUACGGAGACGGGAAGCUCGUCGAAAAUGGGAAAAGAGCCCGGAGAGAUCUAUUUUCCGCGUCAUAUCAUAAAGUAUGGAGAAGGAUUUCUGAUAAAUGACAAGUCGGGACGAUUUCAGGAGUUUAAGAAAAACGGUGAAUUCGUGGCGGUUCGCGCGCAAAUCGACGCAUUCCUCGGUGAGGGAUUCGACGUGAAAGACGACGAGGCGUUGAUGGUUCUGACGGGAUGUGUGAAGGAUCCAAACGAUCAGUUGAUUUGUGAUGAUUGGCUGGAAUUGAUCAAGUUGGACGGGUCCACGUGGAAAGCGGAGAGAGAGAGAAAGAAGAGAGAACAGGAGGAGGCGAAAUAA